AUGGAUGACCCGACACACCUAGAGCGCAUUGGUCCAAAGGGCUGGCUUCGCUACGUCUUUCCGUUCCAGCUUCCAGAAAACUAUGAUAUCGACGAGGUAUCUAGGAUCUACAGAACCGGCUUCGAUGCUGCCAAACAACGACUCCCGGCAAUGGGCAGCGAAGUUGUGCCAGCCCCCGAGAUCAAACAUACCGGCGUGCUUAAGUUGCAGAUAAUCCCUGAGGGCGAUAUCGAGCCGAUCACCGUCAAAGAUCUACGAGCAGAGGGGGCAUUCCCAUUGACUUUCGCUGAGCUCAAGGCAAAGAGGUUUCCUGUGUCGGCUUUCGAGGCCAGCAAGAUCUGUCCACGCUCGGUAUGGCCUACAUCAGGGGACAGACUUCCCAUAUCGCUGGUUCAGCUCAAUUUCAUCCAAGGCGGCAUGAUUAUGGGGUGGAAUCUCUUCCACCAGUUCGGAGACAGCGUGACAGGUUAUACCUGGAGUCAAGUAUGGGCAGAAGAGUGCAGGCGAGCUCAAGGUGAAGAGAUCUCGAGCCCUUUGUGUCUUCCUGAUCAGAGUUUCGCUCAUAGAGCUCAGAUCAAGCAGCCUUCUGGACAUAAUACUGGGCAGGUUGAGAAACAUCCUGAAUAUCUUGUUCUGCCUUUCACUCCACAGAGUACACCACCAAAGAUGUUUCCAAUAUGCACCGCGGCCGAGGCUACACCAACUAAUGCUACCAAUCCUUGUCUGACCGAUUCGGAGUACAUUUCUACCAACGAUGCUCUCUCUGCUCUUCUCUGGCGGACCAUUAUGGCAGUCCAGAACCCUGCCGACUCACUUGGUGAUGCUGACCCCGUCUCGGCUUUCGCCUUGGCUAUCGAUGGACGCCUGAGGACGAAUCCACCAGUGCAUCCACAAACUCAGGGAUGUUUCUUAGAAUAUUUGGGUGUGGAGUUGCCUAUUCGCAAGAUGCUGGCGGGCAAGCUGGCGGAUAUUGCUAUUGAGAUUCGAAGAUCUGUUGCUAUCGCCGAUAAGGAGUGGACAGACGACGUGGUUACUCUGAUCGACAGCCUGGAGGAUGUGAACCGAAUCAUCCUCAAGGCCUUCACAGACGUGCCAGGCUUCAACUGUGUUCAAACAUCGUGGGUUGAAUUUCGUAUUUAUAAUGUGAGCUGGGGUAAAGCUCUGGGUUCAACAGUUCAGGCUGUGAGAUCACCCGACGUUGGCGUGAUCAACGGCUGCCAGGUCAUAUUCCCUGCUCCGCCAGAGGGUGGACUUGAGGUUCUCAUUGGCGUGGAAGAGGGUUGUCUUGACAAGCUGCUGCACGAUCCACUAUGGAACAAGUUUGCUGUAGUUAUAUAG